AUGCGUGGGAGUCCUGCAUUCGUCUUCUCAGCGGUGACAGCUACCUGGCCCAAGGUUGAGCUGGCUCAGGCCACCGUAGAUUGGGCAGUACCGUCACUGCAGCUCCCCCUCCACACCGUUACGAAAAAUCGCGAGUUCCUACCAACAUCGGAGAGAUGCGCUGAAGGCAAACAUCAGCUCAAUUUCACAAUGUCGGCAGCGGGAAAGAAGCCGGAGACGGCUGUCAAGGACGCCACGCCCAGCAACCCUCGAGGUAUCCCCAAAGCGCCGUUCGUCGACAAGGUCGAGGACUACGUCACCACCCGCGAAGAUGUCGAACCGACGAUGCGCAACUUCCAGGAGAUGAUUUCAACUUCAGUCCGACGCAUCGAACGAGGCUACCGGGAAGGGCAGGGCCAGGUUAGGCACAUGGGGAACAGCUGGAAAUACCAGUUCAUGGAGCUGAAUCUUCAGAAGAGGAUGGCUGGACUGAACGACAAGAUUCCCGAUAUACAGAAGACGCUUGACUCUGUACGGUUUCUGAAGCUCAGACAGGACGACGAUGAACCGAUCGAGACGACGUUCGAGCUGAACGACACGCUUUACUCCAAAGCAAAGAUCCCGCCCACCGAAGAGGUGUACAUUUGGCUAGGCGCAAAUGUUAUGUUGUCGUAUCCCGUCGACGAAGCCGAGACUCUACUCGAGUCCAAGCUAUCAACGGCGAAAACGAGCUUAUCAAACUGCGAGGAGGACCUGGAUUUCCUGAGAGAGCAGAUCACGACUAUGGAAGUCGCCAUCGCGAGAGUAUACAACUGGGAGGUGGUUCAAAAGCGGAAAGACAAGGAAGAAGGAAAGGAUAUCAAGAAGGAAAAGGACGAGGACAAGGCUGGCACACAGCAUAAACCCGCAGCUAUGUUUUUACACAACACGAUCCGGAUCAUUGGGCCGUUGGUUCAAGCGAUGGCCCUGUAG